AUGUCGACAAGCACGCUUGGGGUCUCCAACCGGCUGCUUGCAUUGACAAUCAUUCAGAUCCUCGAGGCCACUCAGCUCCCCGAGGUCACUUCUUCCGCACAGUUUCAAUGCCUCCCUCCCAUGCCUCCUGAAAUACAACCUGUGCUCACCACCGGGUUGCUGAUGAACUCGACCUGCGACAACCUGCUCCCGUCAUCCUCUGGGCUUCAGCCUGGGUUCACACGACCCCACCCCCAUGUCAGUGCCACGAUAGUCGACCAAACCUUGCAACCUAUCGUGACCACGCUACAAGACUGCUAG